AUGUCCGACAGCAAGUACAUCACGCUCAUCUCAUACGAUGGCUUCGAGUUUGUCGUGCUGCGGGAGGCUGCUCUGGUUAGUGAAACCAUAGGAGCCAUGCUGAGGGGCCCUUUCAGAGAGGCGCAAACUGGUCGCUGUGAGUUUGGCGAGAUUCGAGGUCCUGUUCUGGAAAAGGUUGUCGAGUACUUCCACUACCAUUAUGCGAACCGCAACCAGACCGAUGUCCCAGAUAUGGACAUUCCUGUGGACAUCUGCCUCGAGCUCCUGAUGGCUGCCGACUUCCUUGGAUUGGAUUCCAAGCCCCAGAUGAGAGAUAUCUCUUGA